UGUAACACACCCGGCUCAUUUGAGUGUGAGUGUGAGAAGAGGGAAGCAGAUUGCGGACGACAGAGCGGAACGUUCACUUUCAAAAGGAGAGAUACGGUUUGAGAAAUAAUAAAAUGAAGAAUUUUGUCGUGUCGACUGAGCCGUUGCGCUCGUUUGUUCCACUUCAUCAAGUGCAGGAGACGUCCCUCGCUGUCCCGUCUGAUGACAAGCUGAGGACGGGGCAGCAGCGCGUCAUGGACCAGGUCUACACCAUGAGGCGCAGGUCGAAAUCCAGUAUGAGCGGCUCUGGAUCACUGUCUCCUUCCAGUCCAGUAAGCUUCUCUUUCAAUAAAAACAUCUCAUCAAAAAUCAAUUUAAGCAGCCUGACUGGCUCCCUGAAAGGAAUGAAGGUUAUGGGGAAGCAGAGGAUCAGCUCCGCCCAGUACGCCAAAGCGAACCCCGGUUUCAGCACCAUCGACGGCCGUGGGACGGCCCGGAAUGUGAUGCUAAAACCUACUCGUAGCAACCCAGAGCUGGCUCCCCCCCCACAGCUUGCGACCCCCCGAUACCCACCCACCCGGCCAGUCUUCAGCCAGACCACCUUCACCAAAGCCGAGUCCAACUCCAAAGUCAAGAGUAGCUUGAAGGAGGAGAAUGACAUCACUGUGAAGGACGCUGUUGAGUUCCUCACCAGCCCGGAUGAGAAGUUCCAGCUCUAUGGGGCCUCGUUCAUCCAGCACAACACUUACAGUGACCCAAAAGCCAAGCAGGAGGUGUUGCAGCUGAAGGGGAUUCCCUCCCUGGUGUCGCUGCUUCAGAGCUCCUGCCCCCCGGUUCAGGAGGCGGCUUCCAGCGCCCUGCGCAACCUGGUCUUCAAGGAUAAUGCCAACAAGUUGGAGGUGCAGCGGUGCGGCGGCAUCAACAAGGCCCUGACGCUGCUGAAGAGCACCGACUCCGACGAGACGAAGAAGCAGCUGACAGGUCUCCUGUGGAACCUGUCUUCAUCGGACGAUCUGAAGUCGGAUCUGAUCCAGACCGCCAUGCCGGUCCUGACGGAUACUGUGGUGGUGCCAUAUGCAGGCAUGUCGGAGCAAAACACCAGCGAUAACAUGGACCCUGAGAUUUUUUACAACACGACAGCUUGUCUGAGGAACCUGAGCUCCGACAAGCAGAAGAACCGGCAGGCGAUGAGGAACUGCCGUGGUCUGAUCGAUUCCCUCAUAAGCUACGUUCAGGCGUCCGCAGAUGCCGACAGGUCGGACGACAAGUCGGUGGAGAAUUGCGUCUGCAUCCUGCACAAUCUAACGUACCAGCUGGAGAAGGAGGCACCGGGACUCUUCAGUAAGAUCACGGCCCUCGCGACACCCCCCGCCAGGAGCACUGCCCAGAAGAACACCUCAUCUGUGAGCUGCUUCAGCCAGCAGGGUAGCAAGACUGAGCAGGAUAGCUACUUUGACUACCCGGUAAUGGAGGACAACAAUCCCAAAGGGGCAGGCCGGCUCUUCCACUCCUCGACCAUGCAGACCUAUCUGAACCUCCUGGGGAGCAGCCAGAAUGAGUCAACACUGGAGGCCUGCAUGGGGACUCUGCAGAACCUGACAGCUCAGACGGGAACUGUGUCCAACGUGAUGAGCCAGACCAUAGUCCAGAAGCUGAACGGCAUGCAGAGUUUUGCGCCACUGCUGCAGUCCUCAAACCCCAAGUUGCAGAAGACAGCCACUGCGCUGCUGGGAAACCUCUCAAGGUCUCCGCGCAUCCAGAGCACCCUGGCUCGGCAAGCCCUACCACGACUGGCCAGCGUCCUCACUUCUGGGGCGACCGACCCGGCUAACACCGAUGACACGAUGGCGGUCGCCUGCCACACCAUCCGCAACCUGCUGAAGGUCGAGCCUGAAAUGGGGAAGAAGCUGCUGAACAACACUCUGAUCAACUCUCUGGUGGACCUGAGCAAGAACAGAUACUUUCCAAACUCCAGCCAAGCUGCAGCCCUCUUACUUCAUAGUCUCUGGGCAGAAAAGGAUAUCCAGAGCAUCCUAAAAAAGCAAGGAAUGAACAAGGGCUCCUUCAUAAAUGACAUCACCACAUCGGCCUUUAAGUCUGCAGCUCAGUCCAUUCUGACAUAGGUAACCUAUAACUUGUCUGCAGAUGCUGUUACAAACAGCAUGGUCCUACAUUCUACACCAACUAGACAGUUGUGAUUGUAUUACUGCACAUGAUAUGAACAUUUUUAUAGUUUGGUGAUAUUCAACUCUUUCUGUUGCUGUGCUUUGGUAGUAGAGAUCAUAUUUUUCAAUGGAUGGCUUAAUUUUCUAAAAUUAAUAUAAUAUUAGUUAUACUUUGACAAGCAAUUGUCAUUAAUAGCUAAGGCACGUGGAUUCAUGAUUAUGCAUUAAUAUUACAGGCACUUGAUUAAACAUUUACAAUGAUCAUAAAUGAACGAAACUCUGUGUUGCUAACAUGUGCUAAAUGGUGGAAUCCUAAACACUGCUGGUUAUCUCUCUUUAUUUGCUUUGAAGAAUUUGCUUGAGGGGUCAUAUUCACCUUAAAAUUUGUUCCAAGUUUUGAGGAGAGUAAAUCAGAAUUCUCAUACGAAAUUCUAUAAUUCUGUAUCGCUCUCUAAUGUUAAGACUCCUAGUUCUUUUUAUCUUUGUGCAAGUGAUGUAUAUGUUGGCUCGAUAAAAAAAAUAUCACACGUGGCUUGGCUUAGGUAUGUGUGAGAUUUUAGCUGUGGUAUAGUACUUUGUUCAACACCUGGCAUUUCUGUUUAUUGAUUACAUACUGCCUUAAUUGUACUUAUACUAUAGUUCCAUUUUAUUUGAAUAUAAAUAAAUUCAGAACAACACAGUUUGGAUAUAUUUCAGUACAUGUACAUUAUGCAACAUGUACAGCUGCAGAGAAAAAUAAGAGACCACAGCACAAUUUUUUGUUUUUUAUAUUUUUGGUCGUGUAUCUGUAAAUGGUGUUUUCUUUUGUUGCAAACUGCAGCCUCUGUUCUUCUCUCAUUAAUAAAGGGCUUCUUCUGUGCUUUAUGGGACUUCAGUCCUGCUUCUAGGAGCCUGAUGUGAACUGUCCUAGCAGUGCACUUCAUACCUGCACUUAAUGUUUCCCAUUCCUUUUGAAGGUCACUUGAUGUCAUCAUACGAUUCAUGAGAAACUGAUACAUAAGUUGACAGUCAUCUCUGGAAUUAGAAAGUCGCUUCUGCCCUCCAUGGCUGGUUUCUGGUCAUUCCCAGUGUCUCCUGCUUGACGUUGUUCUUGUGUACUGCUGUCUUAGAAAUUUCUAACCUGGAAGCAACCUGCUGCUCAGUGUAGCCUUCUGCUAGCUAAACCAUGAUCAAAACCAGGAUUUACAAAUUCAGAUUUCUUUUUAAGAGUGGUCUCUUAUUUUUUUCUGCGACUUCUGUAGAAUAUAUAUACACACACAAAUACACACAGUGGCGAUCAGAAUUAGAGAACAAGUAAUAUACAAAGUCACAGCUUAUCUGUGUUAUUCAAGUUAUUCUAACAUGAAUAGACGAGAUGUAUUUUAAUCAGUUUUCAUUUUAUUUCAUUUUCAAGGCAUGUGAUCAAAAUUAGAGAACGAUUUGGUAUACUUCACAGUUUUUGGAUCUAAUGUGAAAUUUCUGUAAAUAUCUGGCAACCCCAAUCUACUUGAAAAGAUUGGUAGGCAUUUUGCAAGAUAGUGAACCUCUCCAAGGUGACCGAAAUCCUGUGACAUCAGGUCAUUCAGAUGAAGGCCGAAGGGAUGACCCUCUUACUCACUGGAAGAGAAGCUAGUUAUGCCAAGAGCUUAAUUUCUCAAAUAUUGAAGCUGUACAAUACAGCCAUUCGUGUCCAGAAAGAGGCUGGUCACCCACACGUGACCAGCGCACAAGUGGACAGCGAGACUUUCAUGGGUGAUCGGUUCAACAGCUGGAAUUGUUCACCAAAUUAGUUCUGGGCGGGACAAGAACUUGUCUUAAUAGUCUCCCCUUGUCAUGGAUAAUAUGGACUGAAAGCCCAAUCUGUGGUGACUAAGCCACACAUCAGCAAGAAGAAUGAAAAGGCAAGAGUAGCUCUUUGCUGAGGAGCAUGUUGCGUGGACACAGGAGAACUGGUCCAAAGGUAAUGUCAGUGAUGAUAGCAAGUUUAUUUUAGUUGGUGCAGGUGGGAAACAUUAUUUGUGGUGCUAAGUUGUGGAAAGACUCCACCAAAAGCAUUGUUAAGAAGUCAGAAAAGUUGGGAGGGGUAAUUGCUGAGGAGAUGUAGGUGAUGAAAUGGCCAGCCCAGAGUCCAGAUCUAAACCGUAUCUAGAUUCUCCGGAAAGUAACUGGAAGUUAUGGCAGAUAAACCCACUACAGUUACCAAAUUGUGGAAGAAACUGGAAUACAGGAGGAACAAAAUCAAAACAAAUUUCUUGUUUAAACCUUGUAUUUUUUGAUGUGGCAUAGCUUUCACUGAUAAAAUAUUAAAAUGCAUCUCUUCUGUGCAUAUUAGAAUAACUUUGAAUCCAGAUAAGCUCUGACUUUAUAUAUCACAAAAACUUUUCUUGUUUUCUAAAUUUGAUUGCCACCAUCUAUGUGUUUAUAUAUUUUUAUGCGUGUGUGUGUGAGUGAGUGUGUGUGUAUAUAUAUAUAUAUAUAUAUAUAUCUUUUUGCCUAAAUAUUUUUGAUUUAAUUAAUUUCUUAAUGGGUGGAGAUGUUUUAUGUAGGUUUAUUGACCCUGUUUACCAGUUAACUAUCGAAAGCAUGUGUAUCUGAGUACACUUUCUGUAAAAUAACUUCAUUAAUCCUUAUUGCCAAACAUAAGUAACAAUGGAACAAAGCAGCAGCUUUUACUGUUUACUAACGUGAGCUUAUUGGUUGGUGAUGAACUGAAGAAACAAAGACAUUAAAUUUAAAUUGAUUCCA